GAGGUCCGCCGCCCGGUCGUGGUGGAGAGCAAGUACGCAGCUAAUCGGGAGCUCCCAGUGUCUGAGGUCCGCCGCCCGGUAGUACAUAGGAUAUAGUAGGAUGGACGGCCUUCACACGGAGCUCGCGCUGGGGCUGAUCGGCGAGCUCGACACGGCGCCGUUCGUGGCCAAGACGUACCAGAUGGUGAGCGACCCUAGGACGGACGCGCUCGUCAGGUGGGGGAGGGACAGCAACAGCUUCGUCGUCACCGACGUCGCCGGCUUCUCGGAGCUCCUCCUCCCAUGCUUCUUCAAGCACGGCAACUUCUCCAGCUUCGUCCGCCAGCUCAACUCUUACGGCUUCCGGAAGGUGCACCCGGACCGAUGGGAGUUCGCGCACGAGUCAUUCCUGCGCGGCCAGACGCACCUUCUGCCGCUCAUCGUGCGCCGCAAGAAGAAGCGCGGCGAGACCUCUUGCUCGUCUCUAGUCGGCGGCGGCGAGCAGCACGUGAUGGCCAAUAUAGGAGAGGAAGUGGAGGAGGAAGAGGACGACGAGGGGAGGGAGGCGCUGCUCGAGGAGGUUCGGAGGCUGCGGCAGGAGCAGACAGCUAUCGGGGAGCAGCUGGCGCAGAUGGCCCGGCGACUGCAGGCGACGGAGCGGCGGAGUGACCGGCUCAUGCCCUUCCUCGCCAGGCUCGACGAGGAUCCCAACGCCACCUCCCUCCACCUUCUCCAACAGGCAGCCGAGAAGAAGCUCCAGCGCAUGCAGUUGCCUUCCCGUGAUUUUGCUUCCUUUCCCAUUGCACCCCCGCUUCACCCGGCGCCUUCACCGCUCUUGGCUCUCGGCGACGCGGCCAUGGACGGAGCCAGAGUCGGGCAGUGGGCGGAGCCGAUGCCACUGAAACUCCCAGCCUUCGAGGAGCCCUCCGCGAGCUCCGGGGUGCAGCAGGUGCCGGAGUUCGAGGGCGGCGGCAGGGACAGCGGCAGCGGCAUGGGCAUAACUGACAGUGGGACCGCCGUGGAGAUCCCCUUCCCGUUCUGCCUACUUGGCCAGUGUUUCUUCUAAACAUGGCGCAUAGUGCAUGCACAUGCACUAGCUUCUUGUACUUAGUGUACUCUUACUAAUU